AUGGUAAGUAGCAGGAUAGGUGUGGUUCCCCAGGGCCUACCUUUGAGGGCGUUAACUACAGCACCAACAACUAAGUUACAGCGGACUCCGCAAAAUUCGCGGUAUUGUAUAGAGGAGGAGGUCAGGGUCCAGGUUUUCGCGCGACAGGCCGCGUACGUAUGCAUGUGGCCGCCACGCCAGGAACGUCACAAAGGAGGCCGUGUUUUCGCGUGCCAACUCCAUCUACCCAGUGAGACAUUAGAAGGGGAGACAAAGAGGCGAUCAGCCGAAUGCACUAUGGCAAGCAUUGAAGAGAUUCUCGAGAAGAACAUCACAGACGAAGAUGCCAGGAAUGAGGUGCAACGCAUCCUCUAUGGAGGAUGGUUGAAGCGCCUUGAUCUGCCACUCAAUACUUGUCCAGCUGGUGAGAGCACAGCAAAAGUGGCUGGAUACGCCUUCGAACGGUCCAAGGAACAGCUGCGUGCCCCGCGUGUUGUCCGUAUCGGUGCAAUUCAGCACAAAAUCGCACUCUCACCCAGCGCUCCUUUGAAGGAUCAGAUUUCAGCAGCCCAUAAGAAGAUUGGGGACAUAAUUGAUGCCGCAGGAGCAUGUGGAGUGAACGUGCUCUGCUUACAGGAGGCGUGGACUAUGCCCUUUGCAUUUUGCACGAGAGAGCGCGUCCCGUGGUGCGAAUUUGCGGAGAGUGCAGAGAACGGUCCGACCACCAAGUUCCUCUCGCAAUAUGCGAAGAAGUAUGCCAUGGUGAUCGUAUCACCGAUCUUGGAGCGGGAUCUCGAAUACAGUGAGGUUAUUUGGAACACGGCUGUUGUCAUCGAUCAGAAUGGAGAGUUCUUAGGGAAGUCGAGGAAGAACCACAUUCCAAGGGUCGGAGACUUCAAUGAGUCCACGUACUAUAUGGAGAGCAAUCUCGGUCAUCCGGUGUUCGACACCAUCUAUGGGAAGAUCGCAAUCAACAUUUGCUAUGGCCGUCAUCACCCACAAAACUGGAUGAUGUAUGGACUGAACGGUGCUGAGAUCGUCUUUAAUCCUAGCGCAACCAUUGACGGUCUAAGUGAAUCGCUGUGGCCAAUCGAGGCACGAAACGCUGCCAUCGCAAACAGCUACUUCACCGUCGCAAUCAAUCGCGUUGGAACGGAGGAAUUUCCAAAUGAGUUUACAAGUGGUGAUGGAAAGCCCUCUCACAGGACUUUCGGCCACUUUUUCGGCUCAAGUUAUGUCACUGGUCCCGAUGGUGUUCGAACUCCGGGUCUGGAUCGUGUUUCCGAUGGUCUACUUGUUGUUGAGGUGGAUCUGAACCUCUGCCGACAGGUUCGUGAUCACUGGGGUUUCCGGCUUACGCAGAGGGUCGACUUGUAUGCCAAGAGCCUGCGGCGAUACGCGCGCAAUGCGGGCUACGAUGUCGGUGAGUGA